AUGGCGUUCAACUUCAACUGGUCGCCUUUAAUGGCCGACGCGGGAUUUUACACCCGCGCCCAAGAUCUGCUUACUGCCGCCCUCAAUAAGUCGCCAAAACCGCCCAUCAUCGUCGAUGACAUUCACGUCACUGAACUCAACCUGGGCUCCAUCCCACCUGAACUGGAGAUCUUGGAAAUCGGUGACUUGGCAGAGGAUCGGUUUCGCGGCAUCUUCAAGAUGUCGUACACAGGCGACGCCUUCCUCACGCUGAAGACCCGAGUCCAAGCAAAUCCACUUAAUACCUUCCUACUCACACGACCAACUUUCGCGUCGCCCGUGCCGCUGGCUGCAGCGACUCCACUCACAAUACCUCUUCAAAUUACACUAUCCGAUUUUAAACUCUCUGGGUUCGUGAUACUCGUGUUCUCGAAGCAGAAAGGCAUCACUGUUGUCUUCCGCAACGAUCCGCUAGAGUCUCUUAAGGUAUCAUCGACGUUUGAUUCCAUCCCGUUCGUGCGCGACUUCCUGCAGAAGGAAAUUGAGGCUCAACUUCGCAUACUGUUCAUGGAUGAACUCCCCGCUAUCAUUCAUCGAUUAUCGCUCCGGUUAUGGGUCCCUGAAUACCGCACAGGCGAGGAAAUGAACGACGAAAGGGACAACACAGCUGCAACGACUGAAGGACCAGGUCAAGAUCCCCUCGCGAGCCCGCCUCAAGAUCCUGUCGACUCACUCGGAAAUGCCCUCAACGAGUCCGAAAUCGCGUCAUUAUCCUUGGACUCUUCCGUUGAAACACAUUCCCUCUUCUCCCAAAAGAACCUCCUUCGCUUGGCUGCUUUGACCGAUUCUCAACGCACUCUUUCGUUGUUCACGCCAUCGAUCAACGAAGUCGUGUAUCGGGCAUGGACCGCCCCAACCGACACCAGCGAGUUCCCAUCGAGCGUAAUUUCACCCCUCAGCCCGACUCUGUCCCGAACACAUUCCCAAAUUGGAAGCAUGUCCUCUCUCCACGAAACCGCCAGCGCCGUGUCCAUGAGUCGCUCGUCAUCCACGCCCAGCCACACUUUCAACACCAGCACCUAUGGCCUGAGCUUGGGAGCUGGACGUCACUCCAAGGCUCAUCAGCGCAAGCGCAAGAAGCGCGUAGUUGACCUGCGCCGCCCGAAGACUACCGAUGACGCUAUGAGCGUCAGUGAUGAGAGCGUUGUUACAGAGUCCUCUAGGCCACCCUCUAUCGCCUCCGCGCCUCUGCCUAUUGUCAGCGAACAGUCUGAUGACCCCGUGACACCCCCUCUGUCCCCGGAGAGUGAUUUCCACCUACCCCCAAUCCCGGAAAGGCACCGGGCCAGCCUGUCGCGCCCGAACCGCGAUCUCUCUUACUCCCAUGAAACCAUCCGCGCACCCAAGGCGGAGGAUGUGGAUGCCACACCCCGCGCCACAAUUCGAGGUGUUGCCCAUGAGAAGUCCGAGGCAGGGCCCUCUCGCUCACUGCCCUCGGCCGCUCUUCCAUUCACCGAAGAGAAGUCUAAUGACGGUGUUGAUUCUGUGCUAGUUGAAAAACUAGCUGGUGAAAUCGCCCGUCGAAUGCGCGAGGAUAAAAUGAUGACCAAUGCUUGCAGUGGUUUCUGGUCUCGCCAGCAUGAAGAUACUCCUCCCCCGGCCUAUGGCCAUUGA